AAGGGAGUGUUUGGAUCAGGAACAGCAAAAUCACUUUUAUAUACAGUUUUCUUCUACAAUUGCAAACUGUUUGGGAUGAGGGGGACAGACGAACAUAGAAACUUAGAGCUGAAUCAAUUUCAACUGGACAAAGAGCCAAUGAGUCUUACAUUCUAUGGGAGAGCUAACAAAACCUACAAGGGUGGGCUGAAUCAGAGGCACAUUUCUCCAAAAACUAUUAAGCAUGUGUUUUCUGACCCCAAGCUUUUCCUUAUUUACGAGGAAUACAUUCAACUUGUUCGAAUGAUUUCUACUGAUGAGAAUGGUUCUGAACCAUUUUAUAGGCGUCCUCUGGAAAACAAGAAUAACUUAAAAACAUUUAGUAAGCAGUGUCUUGGUGUCAAUAAGUUAUCAAAGCUUAUGAAAAGUAUUUGUGAGGAAGGGGGGCUCAAAGGCGCAUUCAGUAACCAUUCAGGGAAAAGAACCUGUGCAACGCAACUUUAUCAAGCUGGAAUUCAAGAGCAGGAAAUAAUGGGCCGUACUGGGCAUCGUAGUGUACAAAGCGUAAGAAAAUACAAGAGGCCUUCAGGAGAAAUGUUGGAAGAAAUUUCAAAUGUAUUGGAACCACCUGUGAAACGCGAGAAAGUUGAAAUGGAGGUGUCCGAAUCCACUGAGAGGAUGUGUUCUAAAUCUGGCUGCACUGGUGUUACUGCGUAUAACAAUUGUGUGUUUGAGUUCAAAUUUUGACAGUACAAUGCCGAAUUCCCGAGUAAUCAAUCGUGUG